AUGUCAGAACUUCAACAGAACGCCGAUGGUGAUGCACCUCCCCCUAAACCUAGCAAUAAGCCAAAUUAUAAGCUAAAGUAUACACUCACUGGUCAUUCUAAAGCCAUAUCUUCUCUGAAAUUCUCUAAAUGUGGUCAAUGGCUAGCAAGCUCAUCUGCUGAUAAACAGAUCAAAAUUUGGAAUGCAUAUGAUGGCAAAUGCGAGAAGUCUAUUCUUGGCCAUAAACUUGGCAUAUCUGAUGUAACCUGGUCUACCGACUCACGCUUUCUAUGCACCGCUUCAGACGACAAGAGUCUAAAAAUUUGGGAUUUCGCAUCGGGCAAUUGUUUAAAAACUCUUAAUGGACACAGCAAUUAUGUGUUUUGCUGUAACUUUAAUCCUCAAUCUAAUCUCAUUGCUUCCGGUUCUUUUGACGAAAGUGUCAAACUUUGGGAUGUUCGAACUGGAGGAUGUAUUCGUACCCUCCCUGCACAUUCAGACCCUGUAACGGCUAUCGAUUUCAACAAAGAUGGAUCACUUAUUGUUUCUAGUAGCUAUGAUGGGCUAUGCCGAAUUUGGGACACAGGUUCUGGUCAGUGCCUUAAGACCCUAAUAGAUCAAGAUAACCCCCCAGUUUCCUUUGUUCGUUUCUCUCCAAAUGGACGAUUUAUUCUUGCUUCCAACCUUGAUAGCACUAUCAAACUUUGGGAUUAUCGCAAAGGUCGUUGUCGAAAGGUCUAUAAGGGACAUCUUAAUGAGAAAUAUUGCAUAUUUGGUAACUUUUCAAUCACCGGUGGAAAGUAUGUUGUCUCCGGUUCAGAGGAUAAGAAAGUCUACAUUUGGGAUCUGCAGAGUAAAGAAGUUGUUCAAACCUUGGGAGAGCAUGAAGAUGUUGUCUUAAGUGUUUGCACUCACCCAACUCAAAAUAUUAUUGCUUCCGGUACUCUAGAAUUUGACAAGGCUAUACGUAUCUGGACUAGCGAAACUUGA